AUGUCGAGGAAAGCACUCGAGGCGAAGGCGUUCCUGCUCCGAUGCAGAAGGGCAUACUGCACCACGAGACCGCUCUACCAAGAAUUCCGCCCGGCGACCGCGCCGCGACAAUUCCCUCCUCUCACCCAGAUCCGAGACAACGUGGAGCUCUACGAACGAAACUGCCGGGUGCGAAACUAUGGCAGCCACGAGGACAUCCCGCGCCGAGUGGCGGACAACGUGAGAAAGAUGAGGGACCUGGACCAGCGCAUGGCCGGGUCCCGUCACACGUUGAAGGAGCUGCAGAGACAAUUGAACAACGCGGCGAAAGAGAGCAAGGCGGAUAUCGUGGCGCAGAUGAAAUCUGUCAGGCCGGAAGUCGACGCUCUGCAAGCCGAGCACGACGCACUCGAGCUCGAGACGCGCAAUAUUGCACUGUCCCUGCCGAACUUGACGUAUUCGGACACACCCACCGGUGGUGAACCACGGUUGCGGUCCUACGUCAACUAUGACCCGGACAAACCGCCGCAGUAUGGCCCGUCGGCCGACCACUCGAUAAUCGGCGAGAAGCUUGGUCUUCUUGAUUUUUCGUCGUCGUCGAUGACAUCUGGUUGGGGGUUUUACUUCUUGCUGAACGAGGCGGCUCUGUUGGAACAUGCCCUGGUCCAGUACGCCUUGUCUGUUGCCAUGCAGCGCGGCUGGUCCGUUGUCUCCCCGCCGUCCCUGGUCUACUCCCACAUGGCCGCCGCCUGCGGAUUCCAGCCCCGGGACCAAAACGACGAACAACAGAUCUGGCAGAUAGCGCAGCCGGAAAAGGAUGCAGGAAAACCAACCCGCAGUCUCGCAGCAACGGCCGAGAUCCCUCUCGCAGGGACGUAUGCCGGCAAGGCGAUUCCUGCAGCACGCCUACCUCUCAAGCUCGUUGGGUCCAGCCGCUGUUUCCGCGCCGAGGCUGGUGCGCGCGGCGUCGACACCAAGGGUCUGUACCGGGUGCACGAAUUCACAAAGGUCGAAAUGUUCGCGUGGACCGAUUGCCCACCACCAAGUAGCAGCGGUGGAGGCUUGACGGACGAAUCAGAGUGGAUAGAGGAUUCCGGGCGCGUUUUGAAUGAGAUGGUGGAAAUUCAGACGGAGAUUUUGUCUUCGCUCGGCAUCCCCUGUCGAGUCCUCGAGAUGCCCACGUCAGACCUGGGUGCGAGCGCGUACCGCAAGAUCGACAUCGAGGCCAUGUUUCCGUCGAGAAAGAAGAAAGACGAGGGCUGGGGCGAAGUCACUUCGGCGUCCAUCUGCACCGACUACCAGAGCCGCAGACUCGACACGAGGGUCUUGGAGGGAGAUGGGUCGAGGAAGAAGUUUGCACACACCGUCAACGGGACGGCCAUUGCAAUCCCGAGAGUUCUCGCCGCGCUCUUGGAGAAUGGUUGGCGCGAAGACCAGGGCUGCGUGGUUAUCCCGCAAGUUCUGAGGAGGUACAUGGGCGGACUGGAGAAGAUUGGACCUCGUUGA